GAGCCCGGCGGCCGGCUCCGCACCGAGCCCGGGACCCCCGCCCUCGCCCCCGCCUCCCUGCCGGGACACGUCGGCGCGGAUCGGCCGGAGCGGCGGCGGGUCCGGAGCGGAGCGGCUGCGGAUCCGCACCCGGCGGCAUGGCGCACCGCUGCAGGAAGGGUGGCUCGCUGCUCGGCAGCUGCGUGAUCCUGGGCGCCCUCACCAACCUCCUCUGCCUCCUCUACGUCGCCUGGGUCACCACCUACCUCAAGGUGCAGCCUCCCAUGGCCGAGCAGCCGCUGGGGCAGGAGGGCAGCGAGAGCCGGAGGCUGCAGGACAGGCUGGAGCGGUUGGAGGUCCUCGUCAGGCAGCACCUGGAAGAGUCUCCGCAGAAGCAGGAGGAGGAUACAGAUGCCGAGUCCGUCUCCGACUCUCCGCUCUUCGCUCACUGGGGCCGCCACCUCCCUGUCGAGACCCGGCGGAUCGCGUGGAAGAAGUUCCAGUACUAUGGCUACAACAGUUACCUCAGCGACCAGCUCCCGCUGGACAGGCCAAUCCCCGACCUCCGGCCCGAUGGGUGCAGGAACCUCAGCUACCCGGCCAACCUCCCCCAGAUCAGCGUGGUCUUCAUCUUCGUGAAUGAAGCCUCCUCGGUGAUUCUACGGUCCAUGCACUCGGUGAUGUCCAAAACACCAGCCCACCUGCUCAAGGAGAUCGUGCUGGUCGACGACAACAGCAACAAUGAUGAACUACGGCAGGACUUGGGACCGUAUGUGGAGGAGGUGAAUGGUCGCCGUCCGGGCUUCAUAAAAGUGGUCCGGCACGUCCGGCAGGAAGGGCUGAUCCGCUCGCGGAUCAGUGGCUGGAGGGCGGCCACGGCCCCUGUCGUCGCUCUGUUCGAUGCCCAUGUGGAGUUCAGUGAUCAAUGGGCAGAGCCAAUCCUCUCACGGAUAAAGGAAGAUCGAAGGCGGAUCAUAUCUCCAUCCUUCGAUAACAUCAAGUACGACAACUUUGAGGUUCAGGAAUAUUCUCUCUCAGCCCAAGGAUUUGACUGGGAACUGUGGUGCCGUUACCUCAGCCCACCCAGAGAGUGGUGGGCUCUGGAAAACACAACGGCCCCCAUCAGAAGUCCUUCUCUAAUUGGCUGCUUUGUGGUGGACCGCCAGUUCUUUGAAGAGAUUGGAUUGCUGGAUGAGGGCAUGGAGGUGUACGGAGGCGAGAACGUGGAGCUGAGUAUCAGGGUCUGGCAGUGUGGAGGCAGCAUUGAGGUCCUCCCGUGCUCCAGGCUCGCCCACAUCGAGAGGGCUCACAAACCCUACACCGAGGAUCUCACCACGUACGUCCGCAGGAAUGCACUCAGGGUAGCCGAGGUCUGGAUGGACGAGUUCAAAGAUCACGUCUACAUGGCCUGGAACAUUCCAAGAGAGAAUACGGGGAUUGACAUUGGGGACAUUUCCGAGCGGAAGGCUCUGAGGCAGAGGUUACAGUGCAAGAGUUUCAGGUGGUACCUCAACAAUGUCUACCCACAGAUGAAGAAGUACACGGACACCUUGGCCUACGGCACGCUCAAAAACACUCUGAGAAGUGACCUGUGCCUGGAUCAGGGUCCACUGUCGGACAACAUUCCCAUCAUGUACAUCUGUCAUGGAAUGACCCCACAGGCCGUUUACUACAUGAGCAGCCAGCAGAUUCACGUGGGGGUGCUGAGCCCCACCCUCGAUGCUGCAGACAACAGGUGCCUGGUGGAGGUGAACAGCCAGCCCAGGCUGAUUGAGUGCAGCUACGCUGAAAACAAGCAGAUGAGGCUGCACUGGCGUUUCACUCAGGGAGGCCAGGUGCAGAACAGAGUAUCGAAGAAGUGUCUAGAGAUUCAGGAAAGUGGUGACGGUGUCUAUGGGUACCAGUUAUUACUCCAGAAGUGCAGUGGUCAACAGUGGACUAUCUCAAACAUCUUAAGGAAGAUGAAUUCUUCAUGAACCCCGAUCGCUUCCCCCGCGACCUCUCAGUGUAGUUUCUUAAAGUGUCUGCUGUAUUUAUUGUGUCUCAGGUUUUACGAGAAGGGGCAGAUCUUUUCAUCUGUGAAAUGAGGUUGUGUGGGGUUUAUGUACAGCUGCAGAGUCAAAUAGUGGAAUAUUUUGUACGUGUAAAUAGGUAUUUCUGAGGUGGCAACGUUUGUUAUGUUUGUUUCGUCAAACUGGAAUGAUGUGAUAUCAUCCCUGCCUUGACACGUGUGAGAGUGUGUGAGCAGUGACUAUAUUCAGUGAUAUUGGGUCAAUGGAAUUCUGUGGGCCUUCUGUAUUCUGUUUAGACAAAAGUAGUAAACUUCCAUUGAUUUUGAAGGUCACUCACAUCAAAGAAAUAGCAAACCCUAGCAGUGUUUGUUAAAUACCAGAUUAGAAAACGUUCCAUCUCAUCCUCUCCAAGUGGAAACGGUUUUGUUGACUGAACAAAGUGUGGACUGGGCCAGUGUGAGUCCAGCGCUGAUAUACACAGUGGUCACCUCUGAGACCCUCCGAUCCUCCAUCCAUUCAAACCCAACACAGGUGAAGAGUGUCAGAGUGACCAGUCGGUUGUGUCAAUCACAGGUGGAAGGACAGGACCUCUGAGGCUUACUGCGGAUGGUAUGUGACCAGUCUCUGAGUUUACCUGUGACCACAGCAGCCCCACCAACCCCCAUCACCCCAUCUUUUUACCAUCCCCCAACCUGUCCCUCUGUCCCUCACCCACACACUCCUCCCUCUGGUUCCCCUCCUCAUCUCCUUCCCUUUAGUCUAUGGUCCACUGUCCCCUCCUAUCAGAUUCCAUCGUCUUCAGUCUUUUGUCACUUCCACCUAUCACCUCCCAGUUUCUGAUCAUUCCCGCCCUCCCUCGCUCCCACGGGGAGGGGUCAAAGGGAGAGGCAGAGAUGGGUUUAAGGGGAAUCCCCCCCACCUCAUCUGCCCAUCACCCCCCUCACCUGGAUCCACCUAUCACCCACCAGCUCUUGCCCCUCCCCCUGAUACCAGCCACCUCCCCUCUCUCCUUCCAGUCCAGAUGAAGGGUCCCAACCCAAAACGUCAACUGUCCAUUUCCUGCCAUAGAUGCUGCCUGACCCGCUGAGUUCCUCCAGCUCUGUGUGUUACCACAGCAGUAAUCCGGGAGAUUCCUACACUAGCAUCGCUCUAUGUUUGACCAAGUCUCCUGCACCUCAACAUUAAAAUCCAUUCUUUUAGCAUUUUUUAAGAAUGAAUUAUUGGGAUGUGGUUUUCGUUGGCAAGCCCAGCAUUUGUCACCAUCCUUUGAGACGGCCAGCUGCCGAUUUAUCCAGAAUCCCACUGGCCGAAGACUCAAGGACAUGGCUCCACCCAGUGGGAGUGGGUCCCGGGAGGUUGCUCUUCCCACAGGGAGAGUGUCACUGCCGAACUGGACUCGGAGGUGAAUGGUUUCCGCAACCACUUGACUCAGUGGUGAGAGUCGGGGGGCUUUGGCUGGGUGAGUCACAGUGGCUUUCACAUCUUGGGUGUGGUGCAGCCUCGUGAUCCUCCUUAAGGCCAUUGGCAAUGGUAGUGUUGAGCAGACCAAGUCAUCUUACCCCCCCCCUCCCCCAACCCCUCCCCCGCUUUGAACCGUGUCAGCUCUUGGCACUUCCAUUUGGGAGAUUGCAGUGCAAGAUUCCGACCACUUGUGACCUGAUGUCUACACCAUGAGGACAGGCCAGUCAGCCCAUCAGAUCCAUGCUGAUGUUUGCACCUUACCCAAGUCUCCACACCAUCUCUGUCUAUUCCCCUCUCUCUCUUCUGUGUUUACCCAGCUUCCCCUUAAACCCGUCUCUGCCUCUCCCCUUGACCCCUCCCCGUGGGAGCGAGUUCCACACUCCCCCACUCUCUGGGGAGAGGAGCUCCUCGUAAGAUUCCAAAUGGAUCCACCCACCAUGGCUCCGAAUCCCUGAAGACCCCACCCAAUGAAAUCAGUCAUUGGAAAUACUCAUCAGGUCAGGCAGAAUUCUGAUGAAAGGUCGACCUGAAACGUGGACUGCCAGUCUCAUUCCACACAGGUGACGGACCUGCAGAAAAGAUGUUGCCAGGAUGUGAGUUAUAGGGAGAGGUUGGACAGGCUAAGACUUUAUUCCUUAGAGUGUAGGAGACAGAGGGGUGACCUUAUAGAGGUGUAGAAAAUCAUGAGGAACGUGGAUAGAGUGAAUGCACUCGGUCUUAUUUCCAGGGCUGGGGAAUCAAGAACUAGAGGGCAGAGGUGAGAGGGGAAAGAUUUAGUAGGUAUUUGAGGGGCAACUUUUUUACACAGAGGGUGGUGGGUAUAUGGAACGAGCUGCCCGAGGAAGUGGUUGAGGCGGGUACAAUAACAACAUUUAAAAGACAUUUGGACAGGUCCAUGGAUAAGGAAGGUUUAGAGGAACAUGGGCCAAACACGGGCAAAUGGGACUAGCUCAGAUGGACAUCUUGGUCGGCACGGACCGGUUGGGCCGAAGGGCCUGUUUCCGUGCUGUGUGACUCUAUGCUGAAAGUUCCCAGUAUCUCCCCACACCCUCCAACUUGGCACCCAUUCCCAGCCUCAAAGUUCCACUCCCAGCCUCAGUUCCACUCCCAGCCACUCCCACCCCACUGGCACCCACCCCUAAUACACCCAUUCGCUCCUGACCCCUGUCCUCAGCUCCCACUCCCACACCCUGCCCCACACCACCCUCCAACCCCAGUCCAGCUCCCAGGGGUUAUAGACAAAGGGAAGGAGUUACAGGGAUAGGGAGGGAUGUAG